AUGCCUUCCAUGAGUUCUGGUGCAUCACCUGGGAUUUCUGUUUGUCCUCGGGCAUUCAUGGGCGGCCUCGACGCGGCCUUGCCUUCUCCUCCACCAGCCCCAAAGGCACGCAGCUUUGCAUCAGUUCUUUCCAACUCGAAUGAAUCAUCAAUUCCUCUUAGUCAAUUACCUGCUCCUGUCGUUCGAGGGGAUAAAAUCUAUGUUAAGAUCAAUGAAUCCCUAUAUCAAGAGCAAUUGAAGAAUUUUAAAACCAACCUUAUUGGUCGAUUAUUGCUACGAAAGGGUUCAACACCGCUAAAGACUACUACCCUGAAGGGAUUGCUUGCUGCUCUAUGGCGCCCUUCAGAGCCAUUGCGUUUGGUACCUCUUGGUAAGGGUUACUUUGACAUCCACUUUGCCACAGAAGAAGACCUUCGUAGGGUUUGGGGUGGAGGUACUUGUACCCUCCCUUAUGGAAUUUUUCGUCUAACGCAAUGGAAGCCAGACUUCGUCCCGGGCGAUACUCUUCCACAGACACAUGCCCAAGUUUGGGUCAGAUUAUAUGGUUUGAGUCAGGAUUAUUGGCAUCAGCAGCAUCUAAUGGAGAUUUCUAGGGGUGUGGGCACUCCAUUGCAUAUUGAUAAAGCUACAAAAGAGCGGCAAUUCGUGUAUUUUGCUCGAGUCUUGGUAGACGUGGAUCUCGCUGGUGAAUUACCUUCGUCUUUGAUGGUUGAGCGGGAGACUCAUUGCUUCCCUAUUGAAAUUGUUUAUGAGAAUUUGUGUACUCAUUGUGGGAUGGUCGGUCACAUGGCUGAUCACUGCAAACAUUUGAAAGGUUCCAAUAUGGUGCCCAAUGCUCAAGGGAAAAAACUUGUGCAGAAAUUUGAUCGUGUCUUACGUCAAGAGUAUCGACCCAAGCAGGCUUCCAACAAGAACAUUGUUUCUGAUCACCAAAAUAAGACUAUUCCACCAGCGCCUCCUGUUCAUGAGGUGGUUCCGACGUCAACAGAACCGAUUGUUCCUACCGAAACCAUUCAGGAGAACAUAGAAUUCAAACCAAUAUUGGCUGAGGAGCCAGAACCAAUUGUUCAUGCGUUGGUGCCUUAUAACUCAAGUGGUCAAGAUUGGAAUGAUCUGAUUGAGGAGGACCAAAUUCCUACUCGAAGUCAGAAUAUUUUUUCUGAAAUUAAUCAGACUCCGGUUACUCCUCCCAGAGGACAGGUAGAAAUGGUUGCUGUGAAUUCCUUGUUGAAAGGUGAUGGUAAUACAGGACUAGAAGAUAUGAUCCUUGUUCUUUCUAAAGGGCAGAAAAAGAAACUACGGAAAAAGAAAAGAGACGGACAGCAGCCAGAAGAGGGCAUUGUGGACCGUUACCCCGCUAGAAAUAGGGGUCCUCCCCAAAAGCUUAAUUUAUGA